AUGGGCGACACGGGAAUGCCAAAGAAGUUCAGCACGGAUCUGACCGACUACUCCGUCCAGCACUCGGAGAAGACGGGUCCGUAUGCGGACAAUCUAGACGUGGAUGCCAUUAUCGUCGGUGCCGGGUUUGCGGGCAUCUUCAUGCUCAAGACGCUCCGCGACCGGGGCUACAACGUCGUCGUCUUUGAGGCCGGCAACGACCUAGGCGGCACAUGGCGCUGGAAUUGUUACCCCGGAGCAGGCGUCGACUCGGAGGUUCCCGAGUACGAGUUCUCGUGGCCAGAGGUCUGGAAGACUUGGAACUGGAGCAGCAACUACCCCACGUACGAGGACCUUCGUGCGUACUUUGACCACGUCGACAAGAUCCUCGGCAUCAAAAAGGACUGCGCCUUCAACACGGUCGUCGUGGGCGGCAAGUUCGACACGCAGCAGGGUAAAUGGACCAUUCGAACCGAGGACGGGAGGGUCUCGCAGGCCAAAAACCUCGUUCUCGGCACGGGCUUUGCCGCCCGCCGGUACAUCCCCGACUGGCCAGGCAUGGACGAGUUCCAAGGCGAGGUGCACCACUCGUCCUUUUGGCCGGACCAGGCGGUGCCCGUGGCGGACAGGCGGUGCGCCGUGAUCGGCACCGGGGCCUCGGGCGUGCAGAUCGUGCAGGCCUGGGGCCCGACGGCGGGCUCGACGACCGUGUUCCAGCGCACGCCGAACCUGGCCGUGCCGAUGCGGCGGCGGCGCCUGACCGCCGCGGACCAGGACGCCCGCAAGCGCGCCUACGACGAGCUCUUUCGGUACCGCGAGACGUGCUACGGCGGGUUCCACUACGACUGGAUCGAGCGCAACACGUUUGACGACACGGCGGCGGAGCGCGAGGCCGUCUACGAGCGGGCCUGGCGCGAGGGCGGCUUCAGGUACUGGGUCGGGCUGUACAAGGAUAACCUGAUCGAUCCCGACGCAAACAAGGAGUCGUACAGGUUCUGGGCAAAGAAGACGAGGGCGAGGGUGGGGGAUCCGGCCAAGAGGGAGUUGUUGGCGCCCAAGGAGAUGCCGCACUUUUUUGGCGUCAAGAGGCCGUGUCUCGAGUCGGACUAUUACGAGCAGUUCAACCGCGAGAAUUUCCAUUUGGUGGAUGUCAAGAACAACCCGAUCGAGCGGUUCACCAAGAAGGGGAUCAUGCUAAAGGAUGGGACCCAUCACGAGUUUGAUGUCGUUGCGGUAGCCACGGGGUUUGUAAUCAUGACCCAGCUCGGCCUCGAAAGUAUCACGGGCGAAAAGCUCGCGGACCAGUGGCGAGACGGCGCCAAGACGUACCUCGGCACCACGGUCAGCGGCUACCCCAACAUGUUCCACCUGUACGGGCCGCAGGGCCCCACGCUGCUCAGCAACGGGCCCUCGACGGUCGAGGUGCAGGGCCGCUGGAUCGCCGACAUGAUGGACAAGAUGUCGCGCGGCGGCAUCAGGUACGUGAACCCGAGGCCCGAGGCCGCCGACGCCUACAAGAAGAAGAUUGUCGAGCUCAACGACCGCACCCUCUUCCCGACCACGAGGUCCACCUACAUGGGAGGGAGCAUCCCGGGAAAGGUCUACGAGCCCGUCUGCUGGGCGGGUGGGAUCCCGGCGUACAAGCAAGAGAUACGGGCGGCUCUGGAUCGGAUGGACGGGUUCGAGGUUGUCAAGGGCUGGGUUUGUGUGCUGUGA